AGGAGCAGAGAUGGAUUCGUCCGACUUGUUUCGAAUCCUUCCCCGAGUUCUCAUCGUCUCUCGCCGGACCGUUCGCAAGAACAAGUUCGUCGACUUCGUCGGAGUGUACCAUCUUGAUCUUAUUGUGGCCUACGGCGCUGUCCCGGUCAUCGUGCCGCGAGUCGGUGGCAUACACAUGCUGCUGGAGAGCUUCGAGCCGAUACAUGGCGUGCUCCUCUGCGAGGGGGAGGACAUCAACCCUGCGCUCUACGGUGCAGCUGAUUUCUCCGGUCUAUCGCUCGAGGAGAUCGAGGAGGUCCGCCGCCUCCACGCCAGCGACACCGCCAUCGACCACGAAAAGGACUCGAUCGAGCUCUGGCUUGCCAGGCUCUGCCUCGAGCGCAACAUCCCCUUCCUCGGCAUUUGCCGGGGCUCGCAGGUCCUCAACGUCGCUUGCGGCGGCACAUUGUACCAGGACAUCGAGAAGGAGAUGGCGACCGAGUGUGAGGAGGGGAACGCCACAGUUCACAUCGAUUACUCUGACUAUGACGGGCACCGGCAUCCGGUGAGGGUGGUUGAGAACUCCCCGCUGCAUGCUUGGUUUCGGGACUCGUUGGAGGAGGCGAAGACGGAGAUCUGGAUGAACAGCUAUCACCACCAGGGGGUGAAGAGAUUGGCGGAUCGGUUCGUUCCGAUGGCGUUUGCAAGGGAUGGCUUCAUCGAGGGGUUCUACGAUCCUGUUGCUUACAACCCUGAGGAGGGGAAGUUCAUCAUGGGCUUGCAGUUCCAUCCUGAGCGCAUGAGACGGCCUGGAACAGAGGAGUUCGAUUAUCCAGGAUGCCCUGCUGCUUAUCAGGAGUUUGUGAAGGCAGUGAUCGCAUACCAGAGGAAGGUUAGCAGCACAGCCGACAUCGAGAAUUGCCAGAGGCUGGGUGAGGAAAUGGAGGAGAAAAGGAAGAACAUCGUUCGGAGCUUCUCACUUGCAAAGCAUGUGUACGUUUCUAAGCAGGAGAUGCCUCCGGCGAAAGAACAAGACCUCCAAGUAGGAGCCGAAUUCCUCGAGGCAAAUGCGGCACUGAACCCCCAGCAGGAGAAGAGGCUGAAGCAGAUGGGAGCUACGGUGAGGAACGCGUCGUUCUAUCUCGAGAAGAUGAAGAUGAACGAGGCGAGGAAGACGGCAGCAAGGAUUACGAUGGAGAAGAUGUCCAUCGAGCAGUUGUCGGAACUGCAUUCCUUCUAUCACAUGAUGGGCAAGAUAUGCUCAGAGGUGAUCGACAAAAAGCUGGAGGCAACUUGAGCUUGAAGAGAUGAGUGACAGAAGAGAUCUUUGAUAUAAGACUAUGAUAUUGUCAAAUAUGGAGUGAUAAUUUUACAUUCCAUCAAUC